AUGUCAUCAAAUUUAUAUUCAUUUUCAUCAGAUACUUUAUCAAAAUUAAAGAAAUUUAGAUUUCAAAGUGCAAGAGUUAAUAACAUACAGGCGUUAAUAUAUACGAUUGAUAAAGAUACAUAUGAAGUUAAAGAAGAUGAAGAUGUAGAAGAAAAUCCAUUAGAUUCAAUAGAGAGUUUGAUAGAAGAAUUACCAGAUAAUGGUCCAAGAUAUAUAAUAUUAUCAUAUCCAAUAAAAACAAAAGAUGGUAGAUUACAAGCCCCAUUAGUAAUGUUAUAUUGGUUACCACCAACUACUCCAAAUGAUAAAAAAAUGUUAUUUGCUGGGGCUGUUGAGAUAUUUAGAGAUAAAGCUGGGGUAUCAAAAUUAAUUAAAAUAACAGAUGAAGAAGAAUUUGAAGAUUUAGAGUCUCAAAUAAUAUGA